AUGCGCGGCAAGGGUUACGCCUUUAUUUUACGAAGUUACCACAGCACACCCACCCUGACUGCUCUUUCAUUCUGUUGGAAAGUUGACUGCCAAUCUGUAACUGGAGAACACUCGAGUGCUGCUAGACAACGAGGGGACAGCACCGCACAUUGACACACCCUAAAGUUACCGAUCUAUUUUGACAAAGAACUCCGAGCAAAGAAUUAGUUCAAAUAACCAUAUCGAUCCAGCAUCGGAUAAUUCAGGGAAACUGUUGUUUUCUUUCCUAUUCAGCAGAUAUGAAAUCUUGCUUAUGGAUUGCCUUGCUUGUAACUCUUGUUAUAGGGACGAAAACACAAGACUUUGAUCUUUCUGAUGCCUUUGAUUUCGAUGACCCUAUAACUACUAUUCCAAAACAGCCAAAGGAACCUGCAAAGGAUCCCAGUCCAGGAGGAGGAUUUGAUCUAUUCGAUGCUCUUGGUCCAGAAGAGCCUGAGAAACCAGCUGGGAUCCCUCCUAAAGAAGGUGGAACUGAUCCCAAACCUGUAGAUCCCAAACCUGUAGAUCCCAAAAAACCAGCUGAGGAUGGGAUGGGUUUUGACCUGUCUGAUGCCUUGGGUCCAGAUCCCGUACCGGGUAAACCAGCUGUUGUUCCACCGAAAGAUGGAGGCACCGGUGGCGGGUCCUUCGGAGACAAUGACCUGUUUGAUUUGAGCGAUAACGAUAACUACAAGCCUGAUCCCGGCAAGGGAGGUGGAGCACGUGCAGCUGACCCAGCGCCCUCAGAUCCCAAUGGAGGAGGUGGUGCUCCUGCAGACCAACCUCAAGAUCUAGAUCUACUGUGGGGCCAAUUCCUGAAGAUGCUAGAUGCUAACAUGCCAGAGGGCGCCCAUGUUUGGCUUUCCAACAUAAAGCAGGCAGUGGUGCCUCUGUUAGAGAAGGCCAUGGAGCUUUUGAAUGUGGGCCAAUGAAGGAGCCCCCAGUGACUUUCAGGAAUCAGGGAGACAUCUAUCCACCUAUGUUCUGAUUGGUGCUCAGAUCUGAGGGAGUGUUCUGAUUAGUUGUUUACAUGGUGUUAAAUGGUUUGAGGUGCUUUAAAACACGUCUCAGGGCUGAUCUUACAAAGCAAUGAUUUGUACGCUCUUCUGAGAAAAAAUGGUUCCAAAAGGUUCAUUCAGCUGUCCCUAUAGGAUAACCCUUUUGGGUUCCAUGUGGAACUCUCUUUAGUUCUACCUGGAACCAAACAGGAUUCUCCUAUAGGACAGCCGAAUAACUCUUUUAGGUUCUGGAGAGAUCCUGUUUUUCUGAGUGUAGGCUCCAGUUUUCACUGGGUUAAAGCUAGGGUUAGUACAAAGUUCAGAGGUUUUAUCCCUUAAGGAGUGGGUGUGCUCUCAUCCCCUCUGACACCCCACCCUUCUCUUUACUUCCUGAAGUCAGUUUCUGAAUCAUUCCUGUGUGUUGAGCUUAUGGGAUUCUGUUUUGUAAAAUGUUACAGCUAUAAGCCUAAAGAUAGUGGUUACUGAUAUUAUCAAGGUUAUUUUUAUUGUCCCCCCCACCCGUUUUUGGGCUGCAUAUUUGGCCACUUGCCAGUGGAAACCACAUUUUCCACUGUUAGUAUGGUGUUUGAGGCAUUCUUAUGCAUUGCAUGUAGUUGUUUCGUAUGUGUGUUCCUUCUUGUGUGGUAGUCUUUCCAAAUGACAUGGCAAUUAAUGCAAAAAUAAUGAAGGUAUAUAAAGGCUAGAGAAGCCCUCUAUGUUUACAAUUUUUUUGACAAUUAUUGGUCAUAGUCCAGAUGUAAAACAGAUGUCUGACACUCAUGGGAGGUCUUUGUAUGAAUUUCUUCCCUGUGUCGCAUCUUGUCAUAGCAUGCCCGUCGUUACUGUACCCUAAGCCUGUUACUUACGAAGGCUUUUGCAGCCUAGCCUUAACAGCCCCUCACAGAGGCCUAGUCAGCACACAUUCCUAGCAUAGCCGAACUUCACAGCACUCGGUUGUGCCGAUGUGUUCUCGAACAACCGGUAAUACAGUUUGUUCACUGUAAUCCCGUUGUGUAUUUCUUUCUGUGUUACUUUCUGUAUCCUUGGAGUUGGGUUCGUGUUAUGUCCUUCACUGUAUCACUGGGUUGUGGCUUUCUCUGAGGUUUCAUGGUUUCAUGUCUUUUGUCUAGAUAGUUUUAAGAUGUUUUUAAAGAGAAACUCCGGAAAAUUUGUGUUUCAGUCCCCAUACUAUUCUGUUGCACUAUUUUCCACCCAGAAAUACUUUGCCAGCACAUUACAACCAGAGGCCGUCAUAAAAAGGCUCUCGACCACCACCUUGUGGAAUUAUGGUAUAGUUCCAAAAUGUUUUCCGUUGCUGUGCAACUAGACUAGAGCUGUAUGUUUUUGGGGAAAAAAGGCAUGUUAUGCAACAUGAAUAAUAGCCUCACUCACAAACACUUUCUUUAAUACAUUUUUCAAAGAAUUACUCAGAGAGAAAAUAUCUAGCGUGACCUUAUCAACUAAACAUUAACAAUGGAUCUUUUUGUU